CGCAGGCAUAAAUCGCACGAUUACCACUCCCUAUUAAAAGCACUACAUACUGCCAGCUACGUCUAAUCACGCAAUAUCCCAUUUAGAUUCUAUAUAGACAGCAUCCCUUUCGCAUAAUGCUUUCCGGCACCGGCUACAAAAACAGAAACUUGACCACGUCUCCCGGACGAAUGCCUCUGGCUACCACCAGAAGAUCCAAUAUUUCCAAGGGUUUGAGCGACACUGCUUCAGCAUUGUUUGACCGCGAAAACACGCCAGCCAUCCUGUAUGACGAGUCGUCGCUCACAUCUACCGAAGAGGAGAGCCUCGGUCCUGAGUACAACUCCAAAAAGGCCGUCAGAAGCACGACGCAGCGCUUGACCAAAGUGGAGUUGGUGUUGACCCCAGAGGAAAUCCGCAUUCUUAGGGCCUCCUGGUCCCUGAACGUCACCGACACCGAGGGCUCUGACAAUUCCAGCAAGCCAGACACCAUUGUAAGACCAUCUUCCACCAUGUUUGCUUCCACCUACUUCUGGAGACAGGUCUACGAGACCUUGUUGGAGACCAACCCGGAGUUGGAAAGGGUGAUCCCUUCGAUCCAGCACCAGACCACCUCGUUCGCCGGGAUCAUGUACACCGCCAUCAACAAUUUGGAAAACCUAUCUGCGAUGGACGAGUUCAUGGGCAACUUGGGGCGCAGACACGGGAGGGUCUUCAACGUGCAGCCUGCCUACUUUAAGGCUAUGGGUGUUGCGCUUAUCGAGACCUUCCAGGAUCGUUACGGUGAGUCCUUUACCAACGAGAUUUCCUCCUUGUGGGCCAGAUUAUAUUGCUUCUUGGCCAACUCGUUGAUCCAGGCUUCGUACUAUGAUCCGGUUUUGUCCCAAGACUUGUUGAUCUUCCCAACGUUGUUGAAAAGAGAGUCCACCAUGGCUCUGGGAAGCACCGAAAUGUUGCACGAGUCCGAGGAAGAACGCGAAAGCGAUGAUAUUGUGAAUGUUGCGAUGGAUGAGUUCACUCAGCGCAAGGCUAGUUCCUACGACAAUAAACUGAGCGAUAUCAUGUCCUCGUACGGAAGUCAGACCAAGAGGUUGGGCUCCUUCGCUUCGAGACUUUUCAAGCACAGAACAACGGCCGGUCCUGUCCCUCAGAGAACCGGUUAGACGGCAAGACAUUGGUAACAGGCAUGGUGCUGUCUGCUGACCUUUUGCACAUUGGCUAUAUAUCUUAUCGCGUGCUAGCCACACGAUUCAUUCCUCUUUUUCGGUUUUUGGGUUCUUUCAACUUAUACACAUUUUACGCUUUUACGUUUGUAGUUUGACGGAGGAUCAGACAGCAGAGCUGGGGUUGGUGAGAUUGGACUAUAAUCCAGCUCCACGUCUAAAAUCGCAUGUAUGAUGAAAGAGAAUAAGUUUUAGAGAUAACAAGUUUUAGAGAGCCAUGGAUUUAGCCCUCAAUAUUCAUGACUCAAGGAAUCUGAGGACGGGGACAAACAUAACUCCUCCAGUUCAGCCAUGAAAUUCUUUUUUCGUCUUUCCG